GUGACUGCUUACUCUGAUAGGGAAUGUAUUGCUUUUCUAUUGUAUUAUAAUACUAUUUAUUUAGUAGCUAAUUAGUGUUUUUUAUUAGUACAAUUUAAUAAUUUAGUUAUUUGUAGUUUGAAAAAUCAUGUGCGUUCUAUAUAAUUUUUAAAUGAAAGAUAAAUCUCUAUAUCCCGAUAAAAUGGGAAUAAUGUACGAAAAACGGCCACUUAAAAGGCCUCGCCUCGGCCCACCUGAUGUAUAUCCUCAAGAGCCUCGACAAAAAGAGGAUGAACUUACAUCCACCAAUGUCAAACUUGGCUUCGUCAUUACAUCCCAGAGUGAUGAAUUUGGAACCGCCAGAAAUUCGAAUUACUCAGCAUCAAAGAUUGGCCAAUAUUUUUCUGGGAUAUUAUCUAAAAAAGAAGAGCUUAAUACACUUCCAGACUGUGGACGUAAACGCCAACAAGUUAAUCCUAAGGAUAAUUUCUGGCCAGCUACUGCUCGCACCAAGGCACAAAUUGAAGCCUGGUUCAAGGAUUUAGCUGGAAGCAAACCACUAUCUCAAUUAGCUAAAAAAGCACCAAACUUCAAUAAGAAAGAAGAAAUCUUUAUAACAUUAACUGAAUACCAAGUAUCUAUGCCCAGAGCUGCCUGGUUCAUAAAACUAAGUUCAGCAUACACUGUGGCUGUCUCAGAAGCUAAAAUCAAGAAGAGGCAACUGCCUGAUCCAACUACAGAAUGGACUACAACAUUAAUAAAAUUCUUAAAGGAUCAAAUUCCAAAGCUUGCAGAAUACUAUCAAAAUGCUGUACCAGGAAAUGUGUCUGAUAAAACGCCACCCUCACAAUCAGGUCAGGGCACUCCAAACCACAACUCAUCUGGUAAUCCUCCAGGAAGCUCGACUCCAAAUAGCUCUACUGUUCCUAACUCUAUGCACUCACCUGGGAAUACUAGCAGUUCUUCAACUCCUGGCCCAUCAGAAAGUACGGACUGGCGGCACUCUCUAAAGCUCUGGAACUAUUGCUGUCGGCUCGCUAAAUAUUUAUUAGACGAAGGUUUACUCGAUAGACAAGAUUUUUUGACUUGGAUAAUCGAGCUUUUAGACAAAAGAGCCCCUGAUGAUGGACUUUUAAGACUGAUUCUUCCGCUGGCUUUGCAACACAUCUGCGAGUUUGUAUGCUGCGAAGGUCUCUCGAGGCGACUAGCGACCACUUGUGCCAAGAAGGCGGCUUCCAUUUGCGCCGUUCUAUCAGAGAGCACGUUACGCACGCUCAACCAGCCCGCUGUAUUUACAAAAGCUACUGAAAGGAAUGGAGAGACGAACGCCGCACCAAUGUCACCCGCACCAGAAACAAGCAACGGCGAUGUCAAACCUAACAUAUCACAGAUAAAACGUUCCACCACACCAGCGGACCAAAAUCAGGGCACACCGAACCCCAACCACUCGCUUGGUACCCCUAAUCCUAAUCACUCUUUAGGUACCCCUAACCCUAAUCAUUCCUUGGGUACCCCAAACCCAUCACAACCCAUAGACGUGCAAGUAAAGGAAGAAAAUGGACCUCCGCCGAUGGACGCAAAAACAACCCUAACUACAGUUAUAACGGCGGCGUUAAACCCAAUUCAAGUUGGAUUCGGGGAGAUAUUAAACUGUUCAUUUCAUAGAGAUGUAAUUAUACAACUGUCUACUAUACUUCAGAUAAUCUGUGUGGAAUGCCCCACUGCGAUGGUGUGGUCGGGCUGCGGCUCGUCGCUGCAGGGCUCCCCUUUGGACCUGCUACCAGUACCACCGUCAGCAUUGCCGAUGCCUUACUUGGACUCUCAUAUCACUGAGGAACAUAGGAGAAUGGUAUAUGAAGUUGAACAAGAAAUAGCAGCUAGAAGCAAACAAGCCGAAAAUAAAUGGUGUACUGACAAAUGGCAGACCAGUUCGCAAGCGCGCGUACUAGCUGUACUGGAAGCAUUAGACCAGCACUGCUUCGAUAGAGUGGACCCCAAUAACAAUUUAGACACCUUAUAUAAAGAGGUAUUCGCGAACUGCACUCCGCCUUCCAAAGAUGCAACUAUUGACACCAAGGAUCCGGAGUGGGCGGCGCCGUACGCGGUGGUGCGCGUGCUGUGCGAGUGGGCGGUGUGCUCGGCGCGCUGGGGCGAGCACCGCGCGCAGGCCGCCGCCGCGCUGCUGGACCGCCGCCAGCACCAGCUGCUGCACCAGCACCUGCACCACGACCACCACGCCACCGGUUCAGAUGACAAGGAAUCCAUCAGUUCCAGUGCAGGCAUUUACAAUGGACCGCCCAUAUUCCAAAACCUUUUGCUGAGAUUCCUAGAUAAUGAUGCACCAGUAUUAGAUGAAAGCCCAAACGCGCCACCUGGCAAUAGACAACAGUUUGCCAACUUGGUUCACCUAUUCGGUGAACUUAUACGCCGCGACGUAUUUUCACACGAUGCCUACAUGUGUACAUUGAUAUCUAGAGGUGAUCUCGUAUCGCCGACGGAGCCGAGUUCGUCGGGCGGCUCACACACGGUGGCGCCCCCUGCCACCAGCACUGGAACCAACCAUAACAUGGAUGAUGACAUCUUUGCUGGCAUUGAUCUCAAGCCCAAAAUGGAGGAGAAUGUCCGAAUGGAUCUAGAUGAUUCGAAAAUUGAUGACGAUCUGGAUAAGCUACUGCAACACAUAAAGGAAGACCAGGAGAAUUCAAUGGAUGCCCCAGAUAGCCCUAAAGAUCCUGGGGAAACAUCACACAGUGUAAAUUCGCCAAUGAUGGGAGCCAGUGGAAUGAGUAUACAGGGCAUGCAAUCGAUGGGAAUGGGACCGAUGUCCGUACCAGGCAUGCGCACGAGCAGCGCAGGCCCAUCAAGCGCGGGCGGCGGCGGCGGCGCGGCGGGCUCGGGCGCCGGCUGCGGCGGCUGCGGGGCGGCGGCCGUGUCGCGCCACUACCACUACACCAUGCACUUCCCGCUGCCGCCCGCCGAGCCCGACCACACGCCGCACGACGCCAACCAGCGACACAUCCUGCUGUAUGGCGUCGGCCGCCAGCGCGACGACGCCAAGCAUGCCGUUAAGAAGAUGACCAAAGAAAUAUGCAAAUUAUUUUCGAAAAAGUUCUCAAUCGACGUCGCCGAAGGUGGAAAAAUAAAGAAGCAUUCCAGAAGCGAAUUCAAUUUUGAGGCUGUCACACAAAAGUUUCAGGCGAUGUCGAUGUACGAGCAGGGCGCGGUGUCGUGGGCGGUGGGCGGCGCGGUGUGCGAGGCGCUGGCUGCGUACGCGGCGGCCGCCACCACGUACCUGCCGCAGCCCGAGCACGUCGCCUUCGCGCUCGACCUCAUGGAGAUAGCGCUCAACGUGCACGGCUUGAUCGAGACAUGCAUACAGAUACUGAAGGAGUUGUCGGAGGUGGAGAGCGCGUUGAUAUCCCGCGGCGCCCCGAGCAGCGGGCUGGCCGCGCCGCGCGCCUACACGUCCGCGCUGGCGCUGUACACCGUGGGCGCGCUCAGGCGGUACCACUCAUGCUUGCUGCUGUGCGUGGAACAGACGUCGGCGGUGUUCGAGCAGCUGUGCCGGCUGGUGAAAUGCGUGGUGAACCCGGGCGACUGCGGCUCGGCCGAGCGCUGCGUGCUCGCGCAGCUGCACGACCUAUACAAGGCCGCCGCGCACCUCUGCCACGCGCCGCACGCUGACACCUUCGCCAAUGCAUACCCUAAGAUCAAGCAAGCACUUUACUCUUCAUUGCAACCCACACCUUCAAACUACGUUUACAAUCCACAGUUUCUAAGCGAAUUCUUCACGAAUCCUCGGAAAGGUAAAAUUGAAAUAUCUUGGGCUAGACAAGUAGCGGAGUCUCCGGCUAACAGAUACAGCUUUGUCUGUUCAGCAAUGUUGGCAGUCUGCCGGGAAGUGGACAAUGAUCGGGUGAACGAGCUGGGCGUGCUGUGCGCGGAGAUGACGGCGUGGUGCAGCGGGCUGGCGGCCGAGUGGCUGGGCGCGCUGGUGGCGCUGUGCGGCGCUCAGCACUACCCGGCCGCCGCCGCGCACGCCGCGCCGCCGCCCUUCUACCCGGACCUGCUGCACCACCGCGACCUGCACGACGCCGCCGCGCACGACGCGCUCGCCGUCUUCACCUGCAUCCUCGUCGCACGGCACUGCUUCUCGCUGGAGGACUUCGUGCGGCACGCGGCGCUGCCGUCGCUGGUGAAGGCGUUCGGCGGCGGCGGCUCGGUGCUGGCCGGCAACCCGGCCAACGCGCCCUCGCCCGACACCGGCGCCCGCCUCACCUGCCACCUGCUGCUGCGCCUCUUCAAGACUGUCGACACGCCGCAACCCGGUUUGUACUCAGUGUCAACGUCACCGGGCCCGGGCGGCGGUGGCGCGGGCGUGCGGCUGUCGUGCGACCGACAUCUCCUUGCCGCCGCGCACAAGAACAUCGGAGUGGGGCCCGUGCUAGCAACGCUUAAAGCCAUACUCAUGGUCGGAGAUUCAACAGCGCGGGAUGCCGGCAAGCCGGGAGGAAAAAAAUCUUGCGAACUAUCGCAUAUACUCGGCACUAGCGACUCAGGACCUACUGACGCCCAGCUCGAUCUCAUGUCGAUGGUAGACUCAGAGAUGAGUGGGGGCCAUAGAACUCCUAGAGGCAGCGGCGGCGUGGGCUCGACGUUACUCGACUCAUCUCAAUCCCUGUCGUCGCUCGCCCGCCGUGUACUCGCCGAGAUCUGUUCCGAGGAGUGGGUGCUACAGAAGUGCCUACAGAACCCUGAUGAACUGUACCAACCUGAUAUGCUACUUGAUUCAAUGCUAACACCCAGACAAGCACAAAGAUUGCUGCACAUGAUCUGUUAUCCUGAUUCAGCGAGCCACACUCACCCCGAUCUCGACCAGAAGACCAUGAUCACCCGUUUAUUGGAGAACCUAGAGCAGUGGUCGCUGCGCAUGUCGUGGCUGGAUCUGCAACUGAUGUUCAAGCAGUUCCCAAGCGGAUCGUCGGAGCUGAACGCGUGGCUUGACACGGUCGCGCGCGCUGUCAUCAACGUCUUCCAGCAGCCGGCUCCGCCGCCCCCAGACAAGGACAGGACGGGCACGGACCGCAGCGUGGUGAGCACGAGCAAGUGGUCGGAGUCGGUGUGGCUGGUGGCGCCGCUGGUCGCCAAGCUGCCGGCCGCCGUGCAGGGCCGCGUGCUCAAGCAAGCCGGACAGAUCCUGGAAAGUGGCUGGGGCGCCGGGUGUAGCGGCAGUUGCUCGAGCGGCAGCGGUGGCGGCGGAGGAUCGCACCGAGACUGCAAAAGCCACCAGAGUCCCAGUUAUAAAGGAUCGUCAGGCGGCGGCAGCGGCGGUAAACGCGGCGUGAGCGGCGGCGGCUGCGGUGGCGGCUGUAGCUGUGGCGGCGGCAACGCUGUGCGCCUCGCCAACGAGCCGCUACUCUCGCUCGUGCUCACCUGCCUGCGACACCAGGACGAUCAGAAGGAAAGCCUGCUGAGCUCGAUCCAUGCCCAACUGCAACACUACCUGACACACGCGCGCGACCACGAGCGUUCAGCGUGCAACGACACGUGGCAGGACGACGCGGCGCCUGAAGCGCUGCAGCUGCGGUUCUCGCUCGCGGGCGGCAUGUUCGACGCCAUCCGCCGCUCCUAUCAGCUGACGUCCGACUGGGCAGUGCUACUCACGCAGCUGGUCGCACACCAAGUCAUCGAUGCUUAUAACAACAGCUUGUGUCGCAGCAACUUAUUUACAACGUUAAUUGACAUGCUGGCAACAUUGAUACACUCGACGCUCGCCGACGGCAGCGACGACAACAACAGGAAACAUUACCAAAACCUGAUGAAGAAACUGAAGAAGGAGAUAGGAGACCGGUACGGGCCUUCUGUGCAGGCUGUACGGCAACUGUUGCCGCUCUCCAAGAAUGCAAUCAUCGAGGUGAUUGCAUGUGAACCAAGUAACAAAAUCAGUUUUGACAGUGAUAAAAAACAGGGUCUUCGUCUGACUGAUAAACAGCGCGUGUCAAGCUGGGAACUAGUGGAGGGUGGUCGUAAUCCUGCACCGCUCUCGUGGGCCUGGUUCGCUGCCACGAAAAUUGAAAGGAAACCACUCACAUAUGAAACUGCACAUAGGUUAUUGAAAUAUCACACGCACAGCCUUGUGAAACCACUCAGUUAUUAUUUAGAGCCACUGCCCCUGCCACCUGAAGACCUUGAAACAAAUGACAAUAAACAGGACAACGGCAGUCUAGACUCCAGUCCUACUGGUGCUGGCAAAGGACGAUCGCGAUCAGCACCAUGUAAAAAAAUCAAGAAACCCAAAGCCGCAACACCGACAAACGGAAAUGGUACGGCGAACCCGAACACGGGCCCGACCGGCAUGGCGGCGACGCCCGCUCAACAGCCCCAGUUCAUGCAACAGCCGCAGCAGUGGUUCCCCGCGCCCGGCCAGAACUAUUACAACCCGCCAGCGGGCGUGAGUCCUCGCGGUGUAGCGCCGCCAUCCAACACUCAGUCGAAGCAAGCUCUAAGCAACAUGCUGCGGCAGCGACUGCCAUUCAACCAAAUAGCACAGAUGCAGGGAAGCGGUUAUCCAGGUGCGCCACACGCGCGAGCUCCAUACCCACGUCAAGGCAUGCGCCAGAUGCAGCCUAAUCAAAUGGGAGUCGGCCAAAUGCAGCCCAAUCAAAUCGCACCGAUGGGAGCCAUGGGCGGUAUGGGGCCAAUGACGCAAAUGGGUGGAGUUCAGAUGCCGGGUCAAAUGGGUGGUGGUCAGAUGGGCGCAGGGCAAAUGAACAGUGCACAAAUGGGCGGCGCGCAAAUGGGCAACACUCAGAUGGGUGGCGCUCAGAUGGGCGGCAUGGGAGGCCAGAUGUUCGGUGGACAAUAUGGCGGUAUGCAACAGGGCUACGGGUACAGUCAACAGAUGAUGCAAGGUGGUCAACAACAAAUGAUGAAUCAGGGUAUGGGACAAGGUGUAAAUCAAAUGGGACAACAAGUGAACUCUAUGGGUCAAGGAGUCAAUACUAUUGGACAGAAUGUAGGUCAAAUGAACCAGGCUGUGGGACAGUCGGGUCAAAUGCCCCAGGGCAUGGGGCAAAUGGGACAAGGAAUUAAUCAAAUGGGACAACCAAUGAGCCAAAUGGGGCGAAUGGGACAAAGUGGCGGUAUGGGCGCCAUGAACAAUCGCGAUGCUAUGGGUCCACAGGGAGGUAACGCUAUGGGUGGCUUCCCGGGACAACAAUCAUUCCAACAGAAUAUGAUGGGUGGACGUGCGACUCAAGAAGCUCAUACUUACUUAGCGCAACAGAGACAAAACACGCGUCCACAAUACAUGCAGCAGGCGCCGAACGUAACAAUGGGCGGUAUUGGCGGUCCGGCACCGCCGUAUCCGCGCGGCAUGCAGCCCCAGCAGAGCGCGCAGUACCAGCAGCAACAGAUGACCGAGCAACGAAUGCGGCAGCAGAUGCUCGCCAUGCAACAGCAGCAGCAGCAGCAGGCGCCGCUAGUGCAGCACCUGCAACGACAACAAUAUCCCCCGCAAUAUUAAACCGUUAAGUGUUCCUGACAAUACCCCCCACAAU